UAGACGUGUAAAAAGAAAAAGAACAGGAAAUAACACUUCAGACUUCAGAGUUCAGACAGGGCACGUCCAAAUUCUGAAAGCUCUGAGCAUCAAUCGCUACAUCUGAACGACUUUUCUGGAUAACUCUCCCAUUUCUAAUUAUCUUUGUCCUUCGUCUCCCUUAAGACCUCUUUCCAUAAAAACCUUUAAUGGGUGCACCUAAACAAAAAUGGACUUCUGAAGAAGAAGCUGCUCUUAAAGCUGGAGUACUCAAGCAUGGACCAGGCAAAUGGCGCACGAUCCUUAAGGAUCCAGAAUAUAGUGGAGUAUUGUAUCUUCGUUCAAAUGUAGAUCUCAAGGACAAGUGGAGAAACAUGACUGUGAUGGCAAAUGGCUGGGGAUCUCGAGAGAAGUCAAGAUUAGCAGUUAAAAGGAUGCACCGAACCUCUAAACAGGAUGAGAACUCAUUGGCUCUUACAAAUGUAGUUCAAAGCGAGGAGGAAAGUAGUGAAGGCAAGAGAGUUGAAACUUCUAGUGGUUCUCCACAGAAUGGUGGCUCAAAGAGAUCCAUCAUACGGUUGGACAAUCUUGUUAUGGAUGCUAUAAACAACUUGAAGGAGCCUGGUGGAUCAAACAAGAAAACUAUUGCUGCAUACAUAGAGGAUCAAUACUGGGCACCUCCAAAUUUUAAAAGGCUACUUUCUGCAAAACUGAAGUAUUUGACUGCGACCGGGAAACUUAUGAAGAUGUCACGGAAAUAUAGGAUAGUUCCAUCUUCAUUGUUGUCUAACAAUACAAGAAACCCUCCCAUUCCAAUCUUAGAGGGCAGGGAGAGAAUCUUGCCUAAGGUUGAUCGGUAUGAUAUUGAUAUGCUCACUAAAUCUCAGAUUGAUUUGGAGUUAGCCAAGAUGAGGAGUAUGACGCCUCAGGAGGCAGCAGCUACUGCUGCUCAAGCUGUUGCCGAAGCUGAAGCCGCUAUAGCAGAAGCUGAACAGGCAGCAAGGGAGGCAGAGGCAGCAGAAGCUGAUGCAGAAGCUGCACUAGCCUUUGCAGAAGCAGCAAUGAAGACAGUACAUGGGAGAAGCACCCCUAGGAUGAUGAUUCAGGCUUGAUGGAUUUCGCCAAAGGAGAAUCCCGAUCUCGUAGACCUUAAUCCAGAUCAAAGGGCAGAUGAGUUUCCAGACAUCUCACUCUUACUCCACUCUUGUAAAUAUGGCGGAUUUUCCGGUGACUAGAAUCAGGUGGUCAAUUUGUAACCUUGAAUGCAUCUUCUGGCUGCUGACAAGCUUGGAUAUGUUGUGUUUUCCUUUUGUUUUUUGGAUGUUUCUGUUUAGGUGUUGACAGAUAGAUAAGCCGGUAAUCUGUAAGGGAAAAUCUUGGUGGAUAUAAACCAGGAACACUUGUUCAGGUAAAAUGGGAAAGGGGAAGUUUCAGUCUUCUGGUAGUAUGGGAACCUUCUUCAUAGAAAUCCAGGCAUUCAUUGUGCUUAGUCGUAGAAAAUGCUUCCUCAAUCUUCACUUAACAGGAAAAAUGUUUUUAGUUUUCAUUUCCUUGGCUUCCUUUUGUUGUUGAAAUUUUCGAUUUCUCAUUGGAAAUUGUUGUGUAUAAAACAUGUUCAUUUGUAAAAUUUUAAUUCUUUCAAAAGUUAAUUUAGGUGUUUU